AUGGAGAAGAACAGUGUGAGUUAUAACUCUAAAGACCAGAAAAUUGGAAGUAAAGCUAUUAGAGACUGCAACAACAACAAGAACAGUCAAAACUCCAGUGUCGUCAAGCUUAAAGAUUUGUGGAACAGCAACAGCCAUAACAAUGGAGAAGAAUAUCUUAGUGGGUUUUCACGGCCACCAAGAUCUUACACAUGUAGCUUCUGCAAAAGAGAAUUUAGAUCUGCUCAAGCUCUAGGUGGUCACAUGAAUGUCCAUAGAAGAGACAGAGCCAGGUUGAGGCAAUCGCCACCAAGGGAUGGUGACUACCCAAUUCUUAAUCUUUACCUUAACCCAAACCCUAACCCUAACCCUAAUUUCUCAACCUCACCUUUGGUUUCUCCUUCAUUACCAUCUGUGCUUUCCCCACCUCUUUCUUCUCUAUCCUCGCCGUCUUCGGCUUCUCUAAGUAAAAUGAAGAAAUGGGGUAUGGAUGGUAUUCUAACUGAUCAUCAACGAAGCUCCAAAGGCUCAAAUUUAACAAAGAAAAGGAGUGCAAAAUCUUACUGCAGGAUCAAAGAAUUCAGCGGUAUCACAGAAGAAGACGGGUGUAAGUUUCCUGAGAAGACACAGAUUACCAGGUUGGACUUAGAAAUUGGUCUCAUCAAUGAAUCAAAGGAAGAAUUAGAUUUAGAGCUUCGCUUGGGGUGCUCUAGAUAA